AUUCUUUUGUUUUCUCCACAUAUGUUCUGCCAUAGUGAAAUAAAGUGAAAACGAGAGCUGCCAAAAUAAGCUAAAGGUUAAAAUAUUCCUAAAAUUAAAAAAAAAAUGGGAAAAGAGCAAAUUGCACUUCCAGAUGAGGAAUUGGACUGGAUUCAAUUGCGUCAGGAUUUCGGAUCAUUUCAUCCAGAAACCACCAAAGAAAAAAUGAUGCGCAAAAUCAAAGAGAACCCGGCUGUCCCGAUUGGUUGCUUGGCUACCGCUGGCGCAUUAUCCUAUGGACUAUAUAGCUUUCGAAAUGGCAAUCGACGUAUGUCUCAAAUAAUGAUGCGCACACGUAUUGCUGCGCAAGGCUUCACGGUGCUCGCAUUAGUUGCUGGCGUCGUUAUGACGUAUGAUACUAAACAAUAGAGGCAGUUAGUCUGGUAUAGCUGGUAUAACCAGUUGAUAAAAAGAGAUGGCUGUGUGUAAAAACUAAAGUAUCAUUUGGCCACUCAUCAGCUUAUAUUAAUUAGAGUAGUGUUAUAUAUGUUAUAUGUUUUUAAAAAUUCAAAGUUAUUUGUUUUCAAUUAUCAUUAAUAAAAGUUUCUAGCUAAAAAAAA